AAUUUUUAUAAUGUUAAUUACUCUUAAAUUAUUACGUUACAUUAAAGUUCAUUUAUUUGGACAAACAGUAUUUAUCGUGUUUUACAUUCUAUCGGAUAGAACUCAACUUUACUUGUCAAUAUUAAUACAAUGCCAAUGCAGCGGCGAACAGACCGUAACUUGUGAUGCGGUAAAUUUGGCAACAAUGCAACGAUGCACUACUCGAAUCUCGAAUACACCUUUUCUCCCCCCACCGAUUUCAAAGUAGCCUAGCGAGACUAAGUUAACAGUGGUGGCGUCAUGACGUCAUGAAUGAAAACUCGAAAGGUGUGUAGCAGAGUCGGAGUGGUACUCCAUGAUAGCACAACGACGACGCGAUCACGUCUGAAAAACGGCGAUACCCAAGUGCCAAAAUUAAAACCUUCAGUUUAUUUAACAUAUUACAUAUUACCUGCGAAAAAGUGGCCCAGUCUUUUCGUCGUUACAUGAAGGGAUAAGUAAUGCAACUAAAAAUGUCGGAUCACUUUGGUCCAAUUACCCUGAAAUGGGAUCCCAAGAAUUUAGAAAUACGAACUAUGUCAGUAGAGAAAACAUUAGAGCCACUUGUUUUACAAGUAACUACGCUAGUCAGCACAAAAGGCCCUAGUAAAAAAAAAAAGGGUAAAUCAAAGAGAGCUAGUGCUUUAGUUGCAGCUGUCGAAAAGGCUACUACAAAUUUUAUCGAAAAGGGAGAACAAAUUGCUUAUGAGAAUCCAGACAUUACAGCUGAAAUGCUAAGUGCAGUGGAAGAAGUGAGAAAGACAGGUUCAGCUAUGAGUAUCGCUGCCAGAGAAUUUUCUGAAGAUCCCUGCUCAUCUUUAAAAAGAGGAAAUAUGGUUCGCGCAGCUAGAAAUUUACUUUCAGCUGUAACACGACUACUUAUAUUAGCGGACAUGGUCGAUGUUCAUUUAUUAUUAAAAUCUCUUCAUGUAGUCGAAGAUGACUUAAAAAAGCUUAAGAAUGCUUCGUCACAAGGAGAACUUUUGGACAACAUAAAACAAUUUGGUAGAAAUGCAUCUGAAUUAAUGAAUCAAGCAGCCAAGCGUCAACAAGAAUUGAAGGAUCCGCAAUUACGUGAUGAUCUGGCUGCUGCGCGAGCUGUUCUCAAAAAACAUUCUACCAUGUUAUUAACAGCUUCAAAGGUCUAUGUACGACAUCCAGAACUGGCUGCGGCAAAAGCUAAUAGAGAUUAUGUCUUGAAACAGGUCUGCGAAGCCGUGAACACAAUAAAUGAUGUGGCGCAAGGUAAGACACCAGGUGAUAACCAACACCCAUAUGAUGGUCCAGGCGAACUUGCGGCCGCUCUUGACGACUUCGACGAGCGCAUGGUGAUGUCACCAUUGGCGUAUAACGAAGUGCGCACUCGGCCGAGCCUCGAGGAACGUCUCGAGAGUAUAAUAAGCGGCGCUGCUCUUAUGGCGGACUCCUCGUGCACACGUGAUGAACGUCGCGAACGCAUCGUCGCCGAAUGUAACGCCGUCAGGCAGGCACUCCAGGAUCUUCUUAGCGAAUAUAUGAAUAACAUAGGGGUAAAGGAGCAAUCGGAAGGACUAGAAAGAGCUAUAGAUCACAUGUGCAGAAAAACACGAGAUCUGCGAAGGCAGUUGCGCAAAGCUGUGGUUGAUCAUGUCUCGGACAGCUUCUUGGAGACCAGUGUACCUCUUUUGGUUCUCAUCGAAGCUGCUCGUAAUGGCAGAGACAAGGAAGUUGAAGAAUACGCUCUUGUCUUUACAGAACAUGCAAAUAAGUUGGUAGAGGUUGCAAACUUGGUGUGCAGCAUGUCGGGCAACGAGGAUGGUGUAAAAAUGGUACGCUACGCGGCAGCCCAGAUCGAGAAUCUUUGCCCCCAAGUUAUAAAUGCAGCACGAGUUCUCGCUGCGCGCUCCCGUUCCAAGGUUGCACAGGACAACAUGGAGGUAUUCCGUCAGGCCUGGGAAAACCAAGUUCGCGUGUUAACCGAGGCUGUUGAUGAUAUAACGACGAUCGACGACUUCCUCGCCGUCUCCGAGAAUCACAUCCUCGAGGAUGUGAAUAAAUGCGUGCUUGCGCUUCAAGAGGGUGAUGCCGACACAUUGGAUAGGACCGCUGGAGCAAUCAGAGGUAGAUCCGCUCGUGUUUGCAACGUCGUUCAGGCCGAAAUGGAUAAUUACGAGCCUUGUAUUUACACGAAAAGAGUACUCGAGGCUGUUAAGGUUCUGCGUGAGCAGGUGAUGCCCAAAUUCGCCCAAAGAGUUGAGGUUGCCGUAGACGCCCUUGGCAGUACACCACCCAAGGAUGUUGAUGAGAACGAUUUCAUCGAUGCGUCUAGACUCGUGUAUGACGGUGUCAGAGAGAUCAGACGCGCCGUACUUAUGAAUAGGGCCGACGAGGACUUGGAUCCGGAAGACGUGGAGCUGGAUGAACAUUAUACUCUAGAAACGCGAAGCAAAUCGAGUGCCCAAACUGGUGAGCAAGGCGAGGAUGAAUACCCGGACAUUAGUGGAAUAACCACUGCCCGCGAAGCCAUGCGCAAAAUGACGGAGGAAGACAAACAGAAGAUUUUACAGCAGGUUGAACACUUCAAAAGCGAGAAAUUAAAAUUCGAUCGAGAAGUGGCUAAAUGGGAUGACGCUGGCAAUGACAUUAUUGUCCUUGCCAAGCAUAUGUGUAUGAUUAUGAUGGAGAUGACGGACUUCGCUCGAGGCCGUGGUCCCCUCAAGACUACCAUGGACGUCAUUAACGCGGCCAAGAAGAUCUCGGAGUACGGUACGAAGCUGGACAAGCUCACAAGGCAGAUCGCAGAGCAAUGCCCUGAGAGCUCAACCAAGCAGGACUUGCUGGCCUACUUGCAAAGAAUUGCCCUAUACUGUCACCAGAUGAAUAUCACCAGUAAAGUCAAGGCUGACGUGCAGAGCAUUAGUGGCGAACUUAUCGUGUCGGGACUCGACAGUGCCACGUCCCUUAUUCAGGCUGCAAAAAAUCUGAUGAAUGCAGUAGUCCUAACAGUUAAGUCGUCUUACGUCGCCAGCACCAAAUAUCCUCGCCAAUCUACCGUCACGUCUCCAAUUGUCGUGUGGAAGAUGAAAGCUCCAGAAAAGAAACCACUUGUACGUCCAGAACGACCUGAAGAGGUUCGCGCCAAGGUGCGCAAAGGAUCUCAGAAAAAAAUUCAAAAUCCUAUUCAUGCGCUUUCCGAAUUCCAAAGUCCCACCGAAAGCGUUUAAGGUAGUUUUAAAGAUUAUGUGCAGUCAGAAAAUCAAAAAAUAAGUAAGUUUAAAUAAAUGAGUAUCGAAAAAAAAUAAC